AGUUGGCUCAGCUCUCCAAAGCUCCGGGACAGCAGCCGGAUCCCGGCCGGCUCCCGGGGCACUAAGGCCCCCGCAGCUAGCAGCCCGGCCUGGGGGGCGGAACACUCUCUUCCCGUCCCGCCCCACCUUCCUCCCGGCCGCAACCACCCCAGCCCAUCGCUAGGACGUGGCCGCGGGUGCUGAAAGCGCUGCCGGCGCCGUAGGGGCCAUCCCGGUCCUGGCCCCGACGGCGCCCCGAGGACCUGCGAUAGCCAAACUUUUACAGACUUUGGACAGGCAAAGGAAAACGUGCAGUCCGCGGGGCUCCGGGCCUCAGAGGGCAGGGAUUUGGGGAGACUGAGGCCCCGCUCCGAGAGCGCGGAGGAAGCGCGCCCAGCCUGCUUCCUGUGGGGGCUCGGGCCUCGGGCGCCCCGCGGACAGACGUGUCCGGCUCCGGGCUGGGCCAAGCCCUGCGCGGGGGAGGGGACCCGCAGAGGGGCGACUGGGAAGGUCCGGAGCCGAUGUACCAGGUGAGCGGCCGGCGCUCCUCUGGCUGCGACGCGCCCCAUGGAGCCCCCAGCGCAGCCCCGGGCCCAGCCCAGACCCUAUCCCUCCUUCCUGGGCUGGAGGUAGUAACAGGAUCCACUCACCCUGCGGAGGCAGCGCCACAGGAGGGCUCCCUGGAGGAGGCGGCAACCCCCAUGCCCCAAGGCAAUGGCCCUGGCAUCCCCCAGGCCCUGGACAGCACUGACCUCGAUGUCCCCACAGAAGCUGUGACAUGCCAGCCUCAGGGGAACCCCUUGGGCUGUACCCCACUACUGCCGAAUGGCUCUGGCCACCCCUCAGAGGUGGGCGGCACCAGACGGGCAGGGAAUGGUGCCCUGGGUGGCCCCAAGGCCCACCGGAAGUUGCAGACACACGCAUCUCUCGCCAGCCAGGGCAGCAAGAAGAGUAAGAGCAGCACCAAAUCCACCGCCUCCCAGAUCCCCCUCCAGGCCCAGGAAGACUGCUGUGUCCACUGCAUCCUGUCCUGCCUGUUCUGCGAGUUCCUGACGCUGUGCAACAUCGUCCUGGACUGCGCCACCUGCGGCUCCUGCAGCUCAGAGGACUCAUGCCUCUGCUGCUGCUGCUGCGGCUCCGGUGAGUGUGCUGACUGCGACCUGCCCUGCGACCUGGACUGUGGCAUCCUGGAUGCCUGCUGCGAGUCCGCGGACUGCCUGGAGAUCUGCAUGGAGUGCUGUGGGCUCUGCUUCUCCUCGUGAGCCUCUGUUGGGGGCUGGGCCAGCCAGGCACCCCUGUAGAUUCCAGCAGGGUCCCUCUGGGGCCAGGCCCAGGACUGUCACACAAGGCUUGAGAAGCCCCUCUCCCUGGUCCUCUCCCACUCAUCCAUGUCCUCUCAGAACCCCAGCCUUGAAAAUGGUGAGGGGGACACUUGGAGAGGCCACCUCCUCAGCCGUGGGUGGUGGGCCCAUGGUAGAGAAGCCUGAACUCUUUACUGGGUUACCAGGCACAUACAUUACCAAGGACCUGACAGGACAACCUAGGGGCAGGGCUGCGGUGGGGGCCGCAGGGGGCAACCAGGGCUGCGGAACACUGUGAAAGUUACUUUGGGGAGGGCGGGCCGGUGGGGCCGUGGCUCUCUACGUCUCCCCGCUCCUGGUGCCCGCCUCUCUCCUCCACCGCCUCUCUCCUCCACCCUGGGGCUUAGAGGACAGCAAAAUGUGAAAAGAGACGCCCCACCCACCUUCGGCCAGCCCUUUCCAGUCUCCUUUCCUGGGCUUUUGUGGGGGCCUAACCCACGCAGUGACCCCAGAGGGCAGGGCUGGGCGAGAGCCUGGGGUGGGGCGGGAGGGGAACAGUAUGGAAAAAGACUGGAAGGGGAGAGGGAGGGAAGGGAGGGAGGGUCUGUUCUAUUUGUUGCUGUAAAUAAAGGUAUUUGUCCAUCUCA